AUCGGGACAAGUUUUGGGGGAAUUGGAGCUAAUCCGGAUUCCGAGCCGAAUGACGAUGCCGAUCGCAUGAGCAAUGACUCUUGGGUUUUAACUGCUACUUAUUGUGGCAAGUCGAAACGACCAGAGGUUGGGAAUUUCUCUGUCAAGAGCCAUGAGCACAGGCCUCCAAGGCAAUCUGAAUGUGGCUCGGCUGUUGUUGAGCUGGGCAUUGAGCUAACGGAGGACACAUCAACUGCUUCCUCAUCUGGCGGUAAACCUACUGCCACUGUGAAAUCAACAACGGAGGCCAUUAUUAGUGAAGAUGAUGAUACGAUUUGUGACUUGCUUAAGGUCGCAGCUCUGGGAGAGGACUUGGAAACUGCGGAGGAAGCUAUAUCGGCGCUUAGUGAGGAUUCUAUUUUUGUACCAUCGGAGAGGCCUGUGUUCAGCUGGCCCGCUUCUGAAGUUGCCUCCACUACAAGUAGUUGUGAGGCUACUGCUAAAACUGAAACAGAGCGAGCCGCCUUCAGGCAGUCGAGAUGCUCCAGGACGGAUUCGGAACUUAGCAGUUCGGUGCACCGGAUGAUUCAUUGUACUGGCAGGGCAGACAAUAACGCCAACCUGUUUAACCCGAUUCCCCGAGAGCUUUUCCCGAUCUCUCAGGAUCAGUUUGUUUCCUUGCUCACGGUAAAUUUAUUUAAAUCAACUUUUACUUUUUUUUUGCAUGACUUAUUGAAACGGGUUUUCUUAGUAAGUCUUCGGGCUACUGGUGACUUAUAA